AUGAUUAGACGUCCAAGGUUUUUAAGCCCUUAAGAGAGAGUGAAAUCUCCUCCCACUCAUGUAAAUUUACAACUUCCACGAAAGUAGGGUCUUUUGAUGUAGGUAAGAAUUUAUAUUAAUUAGACUGGUCCUUAUGUAUUUGAUUGCUCUUAAAUUAUUGGGAAAGGAUAGUACUCAGUGGUGUAUAAAGGAUAUGAAUAGAAUAAACCAAAUCAAAUAGUGGCAGUUAAGGUUAUAACGAUUUAACCUAAUAACCCAAUUCAAAUGUACAUGAUUGAAAAUGAGAUCAACACUCUUAAGCUUUUAGAUUCGCCUCACAUUCUAAAGCUAUUGUAUCAUCAUUAAAACAACAAAACAGUAUUCUUAGUAACUGAAUUUUGCAACAAAGGUAUAUAUAAUAUAAUGAAAUUGAUAGGUGAUCUUUUACAGAAAUUAUAACGAUCUCUGAUUUCAGAAGAAGAGGCUAUACAAUAUACUCUACAGAUUGCAAAAGCAUUAUAAACUAUUCAUCAACAUAAUAUAAGUAUGAAUUCAAAUAUCUUUAGUGCAUGGAGACAUUAAAUCUGCAAAUAUUUUAUUGUCAGAUCGAUGUGUUUUAGCAGACUUUGGUUUUGCUUAAAAAAUAGAUUAGGCUUAAUCAACAUUUAUUAUUGGUACACCUCUAUAUAUGGCACCAGAAGUUCUCUUUGAUAAUGAUAUAAACUGUUAAGCAGAUAUGUGGUCUUUGGGUUGUGUAUUAUAUGAGAUGGUUUAUGGAUAAUCACCAUUUUAUUCUGAAAAUAAUGAUAUUUUGAAAAUCACUUUAUCAAAGUUUAAGGAACAUGGUAAAUUGUAAUUUCCAAAUACUGGGGUUUCUAAAAAGAUUCAAGCUUUAAUUUUAUAUUUAAUCAGAAUAGAUCCAAAUCAAAGAUUAACAGCAUAACAAACUGUUGGAUUACUUGAACCAAGUAAUGUAUACGAAUAAAUCAAAUUAAAUGAAAAUCAAAUUAAAAUUAAUUAAGAGCUUUUAAACUUAGAUGAAAAAGAUAUCCAAACUCAACUACACUAAUAAUAAUAACCUAUUUUUAAUGAAAGCAAUUCAAAUUCGAAUUCUUAGUCAAAUUAAACUCCUAUUUAAGAAAUUUAAUCUACUCCUGAUAACCAAAAAAAUUCAGGAGGCAAUAAUUCCCAAGAUGAACAUAGAAGAAGUACAAAAAAUAGUAAUUCAAGUGCCAAAAGAAAAAAAUUGCUAUAAUAAUUAAAUAAUAUUAAUUAAAGGAAUAUAAAUUAAUAAAUUAAUAGCACUCCUACCUAAUAAACAUAAUCAUAAAAUACUCAAAAUUCAGAUACAAAAAAAGUCCCUCAGAAAAAUGUUUAAUAUUUAUAAUAAGUAAAUACUAAUUGUAAUAAUAAUAAUAAUAUAAAUAAUAAUAAUACUAAUAAUAAUAAUACUAACAAUAAUAAUACUAACAAUAAUAAUAACAAUACCACCAAUAAUAAUAAUUCUGGUAAUAAAACUAUUUCUUUAUUAGAUUUGGUAAAUUAUUUUUAUAAAGUAUAUUAAUUAAUUCUAAAUGGCAAAGAACUUAAAUUAGCUUUUAUUUACUUAAAGCUUGUAAACAUUUAUUAUUUAGCAUAUUUAGAAGAAUAAUCUAAAUAAUAGAAAAAAGUAAUUUUUGUAAGUUGUUAGAAUGAUUAUUUUGAGCUAGAAAGAGAGAUAAAGACUAAGUAUCCUCUUUGGCUUAAAGAAGAAGAAUUUCAAAAGAUUUUCCAUAGCAAAUUUAUCCUUACCUAAGAUUUUUUGAGAUAUUCUUUAAAUUAUUUGAAUAAGGCAGCAGUUGAUUAGUAAUAAGAUGAAAAGAUUACAGAAAAAAUAAAGAAAACGCUUUAAAUAAUAUAGAUCCUUGUGUCAAAUGAAAGAAGUAGCACUCUUUAGUUAGAUCAAUAAAUUAUACGGCUUCAUAGACUUAAUUCCAAAGUUUGA